AUGAAAUGCUAAUUGGUAAGAGAUGCUUAUUUCAGGAUAAAAAUCAAGAUAAAUGUCGAUUAAAGGUAGAAAAUUUGCUGGAAAGGGAGAGACAACGGCAUCACAUUAUGCAUUUGGACCACUUGAAGAUGAUAUGAUUAUUAAACAUAGACUUCUGACUCGGACAACCACCACUAGAGGUGAACCGCCACUGAAGAAACUUCAGAAGAAGUUUACUAUAUUUGCUUUGGAGAUAGAGAAGGAAGCUGAUAACUACAGUGAUUGCGAAAGACUUGCCAAAACAUUCUUGCAAGAGCUAAAUACUUUUGAGAUUCCGCUCCUAAAGAGCAAAGCAGUCAUAGAGGCAAAUGUUAGAGAAAAGGAGAAUUUUAAUGACCUGAAAGGUGAUAUCAACAAGCAAAUUAUACAGGCUCAGGCUGAUAUUGAAGAUCUCAAGAGGCAACUCGAAGAAAGCAAAGUUGAAAGGAAGCAUAAAGAAGAGGGUGAGGCUAUCAGGAAGUUGAUUGCUAUGCAGCCUCCAAGAUCAGAAACUCAGAAAGUUAUAACAGAGCUUGAGAAAGAGAUAGCUAUGUUGGAAGCCGAGAAUACUGCUAGUUCAAGGACAUUGGACCUUCGUAAAAAGCAGUUUGCCCUUUUAUUGCAUGUGGUUGAUGAGUUGCAGCACACAAUAGAGGAAGAGCAGAGGAGUUUGAUCGAAGAGAUGAGGAAUGCGGUUGAUGAUCCUAACAAGAGUGGAGUGGGGGAUGCUACUGUAGGUCCUGAAGCAAUGGCUGUGGAUUAGCAAGUGAAGCCUUAGUACUCUUCUAUGCUAGGUAUACUCUUACAUACAUGUUUCAUACUGGCUGUUCACUUAUGGCGGAAUUUUGCUUAACUAUAGCGAUAAAUAAGUCGGUGCUAUUUGAAAGCGAGAUGGCGAUUGAGGGUCUUGUUGUAUAUUGGUAUUAGGUCUUGGAGUGCUGCUAGGUUGCUAGGUUUUACCAGGCAAACGUCUUACUGCAACAUGAAUAGGAUUUGCAUCUCAGAAUUCAUAUGAAAUGCUAAGCUAGUAAUGCAAUUACUAUUUAGGUGCAUCUCUGAUGUUACUGGAGAAACAUUUGCUUCAUUAACAGUCUCUUCUACUAUGCUACCAGAUUAUCUUUGGAUUGUCAAGAAAGCGUAAUUCCUUUUGCCAUUUUUCAGGGUCCAUGGGUUGACUUCUGGCUAUUGGAGCUCAAUCCUGGGAUGUAUGUAUAAACAUUAAGUGAAAUGGAUUUGAUCAUAUUGUUGUGUA